AUGUGUUCAAAGCAUAAAGUCACCGCUUUGAUCAAAUACAGAUUUCCAAGAUCUGAUCCUGAAAGUCUCUAUAUCGAUUCACAUGGUGUUUUGCUUCAUCCAACACAGUUUGGUUUCUAUCCAAACAUCGCAAACCCCCAGUUCGCAUAUCCAUUAGCUCCAGAUGGUCUUAAUCCACGAAAGAGAUCUACAAAGAAUAAAUCAUCUGCACUUCCAAUGCCAGUAAUUCAAGUCUCACCACCAAUUCCGACACAACAGCCAGGAGUAAUAACAGUUCAGUUAAUCCCUCCCGAUUCAAUGUUUUCCGUUGCCUCAUCAGAUCAGAACAAAGUCCAAUUUGAUGACCAGUUAUCUCAAGGCAAUGUCCAAUUUGAUGACCAGUUAUCUCAAGGCAAUGUCCAAUUUGAUGACCAGUUAUCUCAAGGCAAUGUCCAAUCCGAUGUUUAA